AUGAAGAGAGAAAGGAGAGCGAAAAAGGUGGACAAAACUAGAGAGACAAAAGAUGACACACUGUACGUGCAACAGUCACCUUGGCUCCCACUCCGCUACGCUGGCCGACACUUAAUUAAGAUUCUGCUCUAUCUCCGCCUACCAAACCUCCUCGGCCGCCGAGGCAGCCCCAAUGGCAUCAGUGGAAUCGUCACGCUUGCACCUACAGUGCUGCCUCAAGGGAUGCGAGAUGCUUGUAACGUGCCACGCAGUCCGCCACUGCCAUUUCGUGAGCCUAUGGCGACAAGCUCAGUGUCGGUAAAGACGUCUGCAUCUCCGCUGCAGCUGUUGCUGAUGAUGAAUGCUAUGGCAGUCACCGAGACAGCAGCUGCACCCACGGUGAAGAAAGCGGAGGACGGAGGCAAGUGA